ACAAUAGCUGCAGCGGCGUCCCUGACGCGCAGAGGAUGCCCACCUUCAACUCACGUAGGGGCAAUAUUCACAAAUUCCUGUUUUGCGACCGGACAAAAAAACGGUGUUAGGAGAAAGAUACUUCAUAGGUACUUUUGUUUAUUCCAAACUCCAUCCAUGGCUUCAUCCGUGAGUGGAGCGGAGGAGGUGCGCGUGUCGGCGUUGACGCCCCUGAAGUUAGUGGGUUUGGUGUGUGUCUUCCUUGCGCUCUGCCUGGAUUUCGGGGCUGUGUUGAGCCCUGCUUGGGUGACGGCGGAUAACCAGUAUUACUUGUCUCUGUCGGAAUCCUGCUGGAAGCCUGUUACCUCGGACACAUGGCAGUGCCACACCACGCUCGAAACAGACUGGCAGAUUGCCACGUUGGCUCUUCUCCUGGGUGGUGCUGUCCUGAUCCUGUUCUCCUUCCUUGUGGCCCUGGUGUCAGUCUGUGUUGGUUCCAGGAGCCGUUGCUACAAACCCAUCGCUGUCAUGCUGUUUGCAGCAGUGGUACUUCAGGUUUGCAGUCUGAUCCUCUUCCCUGUCAAGUUCAUUGAGACCAUCAGCCUGAGGAUAUACCACGAGUUCAACUGGGGCUACGGCCUGGCCUGGGGGGCCACUAUCUUCUCCUUUGGAGGGGCCAUUCUGUACUGCCUGAACCCCAAAAACUAUGAAGACUACUACUAAAACCUGGCAGGACGAGGAAAGGAAGAGUGCCCUGACACACCCUCAUGUUCUUCCACACUCAAUGUGAUUGAAAAGCAGAAGAGAAAUCACUACCCACUUGUUCCCUUCCAACAUUGUGAUAGACAAAUGGUGUCUACACAACUUGAUAUUCCCACACAUGCACUGUGAUAGAAGAGGACUACGCAAUUUGAUGUUGUCUUAAUAAAAUGUCCAGUCUGUUGACACCCACAGACUGGAGAUGCAACAUUCAGACUGCCACAAUACCCUAACAUAGCAGAUGGUUGGCUUACAGGCUUCUGACUAAACACAGUGUGAGGUUGCGGUGUGGUUGAGAAGCCAAUCAGGCCGUUCAGUGGAACGAUAAUGACCAAUCAGCUCCAUCAGUGAAACAAUCUGAGCCAACUGUAAAGCUGCCUUAAUAUGAGAGCUCCAGCAGGAGUUGGCAGGCACAGUGCAGUGUUUUUAAUACACCCGAGAGGACAGACGGAAUACCUGACCUCACUGACGACAGGGACAACCAGUUGACCAAUGAAAUAAGACUGUUGAGUGAUGGAAACACACACACACAAAUCAGAGAGGAGGGUCCAGAUGGAAAGUCUUCCUGUGGAGAAAGGAAAUUGGGAUGCAUGCCAUUACCUUCACUGUGAUCGUCUUUGCUUGUGCCUCAGCUCAUAUCUGAAACAGGACUUGGUAGGUUAAGGAAGGAAGCAUUUAGCUAGUAGGAUUUCUUUCACCAAACACGCUCCUACUAAAUCUUAGAUUAAUGCAGCUGAAAGGGGACAAGGACAUGAACCCCCCAGACUAUUGUUUCUCAUCCUGGUGUCACUAAAAGCUCGGCAUGCUGGGUAAGGCCCUUAGAGAAGCUUAGAGGAUGCAUUCCUUAUGUAUUUCCCAUUACAGAAUCUGCAAGGGUUUUAAUACAGGGAAGUGAUAUGAUCACUCUGCAUGUACUCGUGAUGCCUCUUACUCACUUCUGUUCAUCCCAAACAGCACACUAUUCCCUACAUGAGGCACUAGUUUUAAAUGAGGAUCCCUGGUGGAGUUGCGCUACACUAUAUAGUGACUAGGGGGCCAUUUGGGACAAUAGAUGUGGAGGUCUCUUAACACAGCAGGAUUGUAGAAAACAAGUAGCUCCAGAACAUAUGCUCCUUUCUCAGUUUUACCCAGUAGGGGCUUCACAUUGGGUGCAGUAAUAUCCACAAGGGUUGAGUGUGUCCCCGUGUUUGAGGUAGAAGGCGUGAGUGUAAAGGAGUGUGUGUGUGGAUUGCAUGCGGCACUCUUCUGUCAGCUACUAAACACAAUAAAACAGAUAAUGAAAAA